UUGGUCCUAAAGCAAAGAGAAAGAUGGGUUUGAGCCGUUUAGCGAUUUCAAAUGCAACAAAGCAGAUACUGAAGCUAAACUCAUUGGCCAACAGAAACCGAACAUCAUCAUCGGAUCAUGUCCCUAAAGGGCAUGUGGCAGUGUACGUUGGAGAACAGAUUGAGAAGGAGAAGAAGAGAUUCGUAGUUCCAAUUUCGUUUCUGAAUGAUCCUUCCUUCAGAGAGAUCCUUAGUCGAGCAGAGGAAGAGUUUGGCUUUAAUCAUCCAAUGGGAGGCUUAACCAUUCCUUGUAGAGAAGAAGUGUUUCUUGAUCUCAUCGCUUCUCGGUUACAAUAACUUUAAGAAGAUAAGUGGGAUGCGUUUUAGUAGAAUUGUAUAUAUGGAGAUCUUGAGGAUUAGUUCUUGAGAUUGAGAAUGUAUCUUUUCAUUGUUUUCUUCCCAUGUAUUUUUUGUUUGGGUUUAAUCAUGGCGAAUCAGAAGAGUUGAUAUAAUUCUAUGAGUCUUAACUAAUAUCUUCAAGAUUAUCUUAACAUUAUAUACUUUAUAUUGAAGAUA